AUGUACCGUGGUGGGCUUGACCGCUUCAAGAAAGCUCAGGCCUUGGAGCCCUUCUCGGUGCAGCAGUCUGGUCCUGGCGCAAAGACCGUGCCCACAGCUGUGAAAGUGCAGCCAGCUCCAUUGGUGCCGCCGCAAAACUCACAUCUUGGUCCCAGCCAGAGUCAGCAUGCUUCGCAGAGUGCCGGCUCAAGCGUGGCCGGGCAAGAAGCUGCUGGAGCCCCCAGACCCGCCGGGACGCAGUUUGGUGGUGGGCAGUCGACGUGGCAACCGCCGGACUGGGCAAUUGAGCCGCGCCCUGGGGUUUACUAUCUUGAGGUGAUGAAGGAUGGAAAUGCCAUUGAUAGGAUUAAUCUGGACAAGAAGAGGCAUAUAUUUGGGAGGCAGGUGCCUGCUUGUGAGAUUGUCUUGGACCAUCAGUCCGUCUCACGCCAACAUGCUGCUGUCGUUCCACACAAAAAUGGAAGGUGCAUAACUAACAGUUGCUCCAUGCUUCCUUUGUUUCCUUUCAGCAUCUAUGUUAUCGAUUUAGGAUCUGUUCAUGGUACAUUUGUUGCAAACGAGAGAUUAACUAAGGACAGCCCUGUUGAACUUGAAGUUGGACAGUCACUUCGCUUUGCUGCAUCAACCAGAGCAUAUGUUCUACGAAAGAACACCGCUGCUUUUUUUCCCACUCAAAGCCUCCCGUCAGAUGUGAGUUUGCCGUCUCCUCCAGACUCUGACGAUGAAGACGCCGUUGUUGCAUACAAUACAAUACUUAAUCGCUAUGGUGUUAGCAAAUCAGAAGUGCCAUUGAAGAGAAAAAGUUCUUCUGGGGAUGCUUCUGCUUCUGCUGUAAAUGAUGACAACCAGGCAGUCGGUAGACCGUCAAAGAGAAGCAAAAAGCGGAGAGUGUCAUUUAGAGAUCAAGUUGGUGGAGAGCUUAUUCAGGUGGUUGGGAUUUCUGAUGGUGCAGAUGUUGAAACUGAACCAGGCCCAGUUGGUGUGAAGGAAGGCAGUCUUGUUGGGAAGUAUGAGUCUCUUGUACAGGUUACUGUCAUACCAAAAGGAAAGGAGCAAACUUCAUCAAAGGACAGUGCCUCCCACAGUGGGGUAACAGAUAAGCUACAACAGAUGCUUAACAAAGUUAAAAGCACAUCCAGAGGUGGUAUGUAUGAUGACCUUUACGGGGACUCUGUUCCAGCAAAGCUGGGCUCAUCAUGGGCGUAUAAAUCAGAUGGCCAGCCAGAGCAAGUCAAAGUUGUUGAUGAAAAGAAGUCUAGCAGGGACGUGGGUGCAAAUCCAGCUGAUGAUAGUGAUGAUGACUUGUUUGGCGACUAG